GCCGGGGGCGGGACGCGACGGGGAAAGCCCCGGCUUCGGCCCCGGCCCUGGCCGGCUGUGGAGUCGCCAUGGGGCCCCUGCUGCUGCUCUUCAGCCUCAUCCUGCCGGCUGCUGGCCGCGGGCAGCUGCGGGCCUUCGUGGUCGCCCACAGCCACAUGGACGUCGGCUGGGUUUACACGGUGCAGGAGAGUAUGCAUGCUUACGCAGCAAAUGUCUACACCUCUGUUGUAGAAGAGCUAACGAAAGGAAAGCAACGCAAAUUUAUUGCUGUGGAGCAGGAAUUCUUUCGACUCUGGUGGGAUGCGGUAGCCACAGAUAAGCACAAGCAGCAGGUCCAUCAGUUGCUUCAGGAGGGACAACUGGAAUUUGUCAUUGGAGGGCAAGUGAUGCACGAUGAAGCUGUGACAUUAAUUGAUGAUCAGAUUUUACAGUUGACAGAGGGCCAUGGGUUUUUAUACGAAACUUUUGGGAUCAGGCCUCAGUUUUCUUGGCAUGUUGAUCCUUUCGGAGCUUCAGCUACAACACCAACUCUUUUUGCUCUGGCUGGUUUUAAUGCUCAUCUUAUCUCUCGAAUUGACUAUGACCUGAAGGCUGACAUGCAGAAAAACAAGAGGCUCCAGUUCGUAUGGCAGGGCUCUCCUUCUUUAUCUGAAAGUCAGCAGAUCUUCACCCAUGUCAUGGAUCAGUACAGCUACUGUACCCCAUCGCAAAUACCUUUUUCAAACAGAUCAGGGUUUUAUUGGAAUGGAUUUGCAGUAUUCCCAGAUCCACCAAAAGACGGUGUGUAUCCAAACAUGAGUCUCCCUGUUACAGAUACCAACAUCCAUCCGUAUGCACAGGCCAUGGUGGCAAACAUUAAGGAGAGAGCGGCCUGGUUCCGAACAAGUGAUGUUUUGUGGCCAUGGGGCUGUGACAAACAGUUCUUUAAUGCAUCUGUUCAGUACUCCAACAUGGACCUAUUGUUGGAUUACAUUAACAAGCAUUCUGAUGAGUUUGGAGUGACCGUCCAGUAUGCCACUGUCAGUGAUUACUUCCAAGCAGUUCAUAGCAAAAAUCUCACGUGGGAAAUCCGGGAUUCUCAGGACUUUCUUCCAUAUUCAACAGAGCCAUUUCAGGCAUGGACUGGGUUUUAUACUUCUCGAAGCACGUUAAAAGGAGUUGCAAGGAGAGCAAGUUCACUACUUUAUGCUGGAGAGUCCUUUUUCACACAGUAUGUCCGGCAACACCCAGAAAGUUCUAUUUGCAAAUGUGGAGCCCUAAAGCAACUUCAGAGUCUGAGAUGGGCAGUUUCAGAGGUCCAGCACCAUGACGGUAUAACAGGCACAGAGUCUCCCAAGGUGAAGAACAUGUACAUGGAUAAUUUAAUGUACGGAAUGUUCAAUGUAAAGAAGCUAAUGGCUUCCCUAAUCUUUGACAUGAACAAUGCUAAAAAGAAUGGAGACGUCUAUUCUUCUGUUUACAGUAAAGACUCAGGAAAACCAGGUACUACAGAUGUUGAUCAGUAUGUUAUUGUCUAUAAUCCACUGGCAUGGAACAUCACCACCUCUGUCACUGUCUCUGUCAGCCACUCAUCGAUGAGUGUAUAUGAUGAACUGGGACAUUUUGUACCGGCACAGAUUCAAAGUUCAGCAGAGUCCCAUUCUACCUAUGACCUGUAUAUUCUAGUUGAAAUAAGUGGUUUGAGCUACAAAAAAUAUAUUGUUAAGCCCUCGAAUGGUAAGCAAUCUGUAUUUAUUGGAAAAUCAGUUAAAUACCAGCGGAAAGACGCAACACGUGGGGACCAACAAAGCCCAGAUCUGCUUCCUGUGGUUAACGACUGCUACCAGAUCAUGUUUGACCGAAGCAAUAAUCUAAUGCACAGCAUUACAGACAGGGAGACUAACCAGACUGUCCAGUUGACCCAGGAGUUCCUUGAGUACCACGUGAAUGGAGACGUGAUGAAAGGACCCAUUUCAGAUAACUACUUAUUUGCCCCAAAUUCUUGUGCUGUUCCAGUAUCAAAAGCAGUGGAAAUGGAAAUAGUUUUUGGAAACUUAGUGACAGAGAUACGGCAAUAUUUCUACAGUAACGUUACUGCCCAGUAUUAUAUAUAUGCCAUGUAUACAAGGCUGUAUUUAGUACCAGAAGGCUAUGAUGGGAAGCUGCUUUGCCGUAGGAUAGAGCAAGAAUACAGUGUUGGGCCUUUGGAAGUAAAUCGUGAGGCAAUUCUAAGAACAAGCACGAAUUUGAACACUGGACAGCUACUCUACACUGAUGACAAUGGAUAUCAGAUUCAGAAAAGACCAUUCAAGACAUACGUGAAUAACACAGUAGCUCGGAACUAUUAUCCUAUGGUCCAGACUGCCUACAUUGAAGACAAUGCUACAAGGCUGACGCUGCUUGCAGAAAGAGCUCAUGGUGUAUCAAGUCAAGGGAACGGACAAAUGGAGGUGAUGCUUCACAGGAGACUGUGGAACAACCUUCAGUGGGACCUGAAUUACAAUCUCACUUUGAAUGACUCUUCAGUGGUUCAUCCUGUGUUUUGGCUUAUUUUAGGAACCAAAUCUGUCACCAGUGUUUUGUAUCGGACAAGCCAGCAGGCUUUAGAACACAGGCCAAUUGUAAUGUUUGGACAAUUAUCAGGAGAUAAACCAGAGCUACCCAGACAACUUCAGCAGAAAUCAGUCGACAGUUCUCCUAUAACUGUCCCACCCAAUCUUCAUGUCCAGACCCUGAGCAUUCCAGGGUGGAGAUACAGCUCUAAUCAUGCACAGCAGGUCCGCAGCAUUCGCAUGGGUAAACAGAAACAAGGUGAUGCAGACUUCAGUCGUGUCCUGCUAAGAAUUAGGCACCUGUAUGAAGUUGGAGAGGAUCCUGUGCUGUCUCAACCUGUAACAGUGAAUUUGAAGUCUUUGCUAGAGGGAUUAGGAUCAGUGAAGUCAGUGGAAGAGCGAUCACUCACUGGCACCUGGGACAUAAACACUUUGAAGCGGUGGAAGUGGAAGACUGCACAAAAUCCAAGCAAAGGAUUCUCCAACAGUAGAAACAUAUCAGAAAACUACAUAGUGACUGUUCACCCAAAGGAAAUAAGAACUUUCUUUGUGUACUUUCAAGAUCAAUAAAGUUUGAUGUUAUAUUUCAGGACUGAAUAUGUAAUAGCUUCCAGCUUCUGUUUAAAGACAUGAGUGAUGGUCUUGGAAAACAUUCUACUGCUGUUAAUGAAAGGAAUAGCCAUUUUGGAAAAAACUCUAAAUUUAAUUAAACUGUUGGCCUGUGUUGUGGGUA